ACUAGUUGAAAGAAUUGAGGGUACGUUACAUCAUACAAUCCAUCUUUUGCUUAUAUUCUUAAAACGAUUUGUCGAAAUUAUGCAAUAUAAAUUCACAAGAACCAACUUCAUUUGCACACACCAAAUCCUACAAGUGAAACAAUGACCCAAAAGUUGGAGGCAACAGCUGAACUAAAACAUGCAUCAGCUGAUAAGUUUUACGGUUUUUUUAAAAACAAUAUGAAUGAUCUCAUUAAUGUGUUUCCUGCAAGUUUCAAAACUGUUCAACUACUUGAAGGAGAAGAAGGUUCUGUUGGUUGUGUCAAGCUCUGGAAUUAUGUUAUUGAGGGGAUUCCGAUGAUAGUAAAGGCGAAAGUUGAAGCGAUAGAUGAUGAUAAAAGAUCUCUAACUUUCGUAGCCAUGGACGGAGAUAUCAUGCAAAUGUACAAAAGUUUCAAGGCAAUACUUAAUGUGAAUGAUGGCUUUGCCAACUGGUUAGUGGAGUAUGAGAAAGCUCUUGAGGCCAGCCCAAGUCCAGAUAUCUAUUUAAUAUGCUCAUCUAUACACAAAUCACCAAUUUUUCCCAAUAGUGGCUUGAUCAAAGAAGAAGAGCAUCUCAAAUUUGGUUCUUCAAUUGUAAACAUUAAACUCCUUCCUACGUGA